UGAAGCAUCGACUUUGCUUUGCCUGGAUAAAAGUCAUUGGAAGUUCACUGGGAUUUUCUGUCCUCCUUCCCCUCAGAAAUUGUCAUAUAGCUCCUGCUCCAGGCGUCUCCUCCGGGCAUGCUCCUUAAGCCAAAGUAUGGCCGCUUUCGCAACGAGUCUGUGACCUCCUCCUCCUCUGACGACCUGAUGCACAGCUUAGCCAUGAGCGGAAAAGUUGUGGCCACACCGGUGGUCUCCGUCUCCGCCACCAGCCUCCCUCUGCCCCCCCUGCCUCAUCUGCCUCAUCUGCCUCCCUUGGAUCACAGUGCCAGAGCAUCCUCCUCCUCCACCGGGGCCGCAGCCCUGGCCGACUCCCCUUGCCUGGAUGGGGAACAGGAUGGCACCACGACCUUCUGCAUGCUCAUCCCCAGGAUGCCCCAGUGGAAGUUUUCCAACUCGCUGCUCAGCCGGAGCCCGUCCAACUCCAGCUCCAGCUCGAGCUCCAGCAAAGACUCGGGGAAGGCGGCUGCUCCCCAAGCCUCUCAGAGUUCAUCCCCACACAGGCACAGUGUUGCGACCUCGGCCAGUGGCCCGGUGGCCAGCCUCGCAGCGGUGCUUAACUCCUGUGACCCUGUGUGUGUCACCCCCUGUUCAUUGCAGGCUAUCAGAGGGCAGAGGGCGGUUGCAGCUGCACACUCUGCCAGUCCAGGAGGGCACGGGUUUGGGGCCACGGAGGCCAUGGCAAGCCCCGGGGGUUCCAGCAACUCCAGGUCAGGGAUGAGCCGCCGGACAAGAGUGGAGGGCAUGUGGCUGGGGGGAGAGGAUUUCACCCAGAAGGGAAACUUCAUCCAUAAACCCACUCAGGGCUGGCUGCACCCUGACAAGACCAUUGCUGGACCCGGGGCCUCUUAUAUAGUCAGGUACAUGGGCUGUAUUGAAGUAUUGAAGUCAAUGCGCUCCCUGGACUUCAACACGCGGACUCAAGUGACAAGGGAAGCCAUCAACAGGCUGUGUGACACUGUGCCAGGCGGAAGAGGAGCUUGGAGGAAGAAGGCCGUGAACAAAGCCCUCCAGUCUGUUAUGGGGAAGAGUAACCUGCGAUUUGCCGGCAUGAGUAUUGCAGUCAAUAUUUCUAUAGAUGGCCUCGGUCUGCUUAUCCCUACCACACGACAGGUGAUAGCCCACCAUCCCAUGCAGUCCAUCUCCUUCGCCUCUGGAGGAGACACGGACACGCCUGAUUAUGUUGCGUAUGUGGCCAAAGACCCAGUGAACCAGAGAGCGUGUCACAUCCUGGAGUGCUCAGACGGUUUAGCCCAGAGUGUCAUCAGCACCAUCGGCCAGGCCUUCGAGCUGCAGUUCAAACAGUAUCUACACAGUCCUCCCAAAACUAUGACGUCUACGGAGAGGUCUGUCAGGACGGAGGAGUCGGUGUGGGUGGAGGACGAGGACUCCUCUGAGCACGACUACUACAACAGCAUCCCAGGGAAGGAGCCUCCCGUCGGGGGGCUGGUGGACUCCAGGCUCCGGCCCAGUGGAUCCCUGAUGGGUCACAUCCACACACAACCACAGAGCAAGACAGCAACACAGAUGGGCUCACCAGCCAGGAGGGAGCAGGCCUCCUAUCCCCCCGGUCAGUUGUGCUAUGAGCUGCACUGGGACACUGAGACCACCAGCAGCUCAGGUCUGACAUCAGAUGGUUACCUGUGUGCUGACGGCCAGCCCCCAGGCUACAGAGAUUACGAGGAGCAUCAGUACGUCAACACCCAGAGUCUGGAGAACCUGGAAUCACUGGCUCAGGGGCCAAAUGGAUACAGAGGGUCCAGGGUACCUGAAAGUCCAAAGAAGGACCUCUUUGACAUGAGGCCCUUUGAGGACGCCCUGAAGCUCCACGAGGCCUGUGGUGGGGUUGUUGGAGCUGCAGGGGUGGGGGUCCUGGAGGAUCAGUGGCCCAGCCCUCCACGCCGCCGAGCCCCCGUGGCUCCGAACGAGGAGCAGCUGCGCAGGGAGACGUGGUACCACAGCCGCAUGAGCAGGCGUGACGCAGAGAAGCUGCUGGUCAGAGAUGGAGACUUCCUGGUCCGGGAGAGCACCACGAACCCGGGACAGUAUGUGCUGACCGGGAUGCACUGUGGGCUCCCCAAACACCUGCUGCUGGUGGACCCAGAGGGCGUGGUCCGGACAAAAGACAUGUUAUUUGAGAGCAUUAGCCAUCUCAUAGCGUACCACCUCAAGAACGAGCUUCCUAUUGUGGCGGCGGAGAGCGAGCUCCACCUCAAGCAGGUGGUCAGGAGGAAACAGUGAGACACCUGGCCUGCAUGGGAUGCGGUAUUCAAAGAUCCCCAUGCAAAAACAACACGGAAAUGUAUAUGGAGUAGGAUGGAUAUUCAUGUGGAACAAAGGACAUCAAUGAUUUCCAUGAACAGUUCUUCCAAGUCUCCUUUUACUUUUCUCUGCCUUUUGCCCACCAGGAUAAACCAAACUAUCCCUCACCUAUCAUAAAAUCCUCAGCAUGCAGCUAUUAAGCUAAAAGAAUCUACAUUUUGACUGAUUCAGACCAGGAAAAUUGUCAAACAAUGUCAAAAAUGUAAGCGACAUUUGUUUGUAGACGACCCAGCUUCGGGAAAUCGAAUAAGGAUUUGAAGAGACGUCUCAAAAAGCCUGUAAAAGUGAAGUGCUUCCAGUAAACCACCGCCCAUCACACACCGGACAAAUAAUGGAUAUCACCAGAACAGAACUGUCCUAUAAUCUGGUACAGACACUGUGUAAAGAAUAUGAAGAUGUCAAAUUACUCAGCAGGUCGUUUCUGGCUGAAUGAAGGAAUGAAAAUGCUGCGACUCUAAGAGACACUUUUAUUUGAAUGUAAAGAGUGUUUGUUGUUACGUGUUUACAGGUCUUCAGUACCUGACUCUGAGAUGGCACAAUGGAAGCAAACCAAGCAUGAUUUAGAGCUGAAUCUAUUAAAAAAGAUUGUCUGCCUUUCUUUUGUUUCUCCAUGAUAACCAAGGCACCAAAUCCCACUUAAGAAAUGUGUACUAUUCCGUAUAGUUUUAGGUUUCAUCACUAUUUCCAUAAGUAUCAGUCAUUUGUGUGUGCAAGGGCUGUUCAUUUGUCAAAGAAAUGCUGUGUGUUGUGUACGCCUUUGAACAUUAAAGGUCAGACCCCCCCCCCCCACUUCAGUGCCUUAAUAACUGCAGAGACAGGUAUUCGUGUCAGAUUGUAAUUAAUGUGCAUUUAUGCUCCUAAUGCAACGUUUUCUUGCCAUGCCAAUGAAUGACUGAACACACUUCAGGAUGAUUAAGCUCUUUUACUCGUGAACAGAAAUGUCAGCUGCUCUUGUUUUGGGAUAAAUGUUUAAUACUGUCUUAUUGAGUAUUGUCUUUAUGUGUGGCCCUCAUAAUAAUCCACUCAGUGAUUGAUAUCAAAGAAAGGGGAUUUGGACUUUUAAAUCCUUUAUUUGUCAGGGAAAUGUAUUACUUGUCCUCAUCCUACGUGUGUGUCUUGACUUGCUCGUGUACAUCUGCUCUUUGGCUGCAGUUACAAUCCUCAUUUUUGCCAAUUUAACUCUUUUAAUUCUUACUAUAGGUAGGUAAUCUACCUCUUGCUUUCCCCUCUGUGUUACGGUUCUUGGCUGCAGCCUCAUGAAUGGAGACGAGGCGAGGCUAUGCGGCUUUUGGUGAGGUCCAAAUGAUUACAGGGAUUAUUUCAGAUCUCCCCUUUUGCUUUCUCAGGAAUUUCUUGAAUCUGUUCUUCUUUGAGUGUUCUUUUUUGUUCAAUAAAACUGAUUGAGAAGAGGGUACAAUUCA